AUGGCGGCCCUAGCUGAGGUCCCAUGGCUGGACGAUGAUGUGCGACCACCGCCCCCAGAUGCAGAUGACAGGGAGGUUACUAUCCCCUGGGGUGGUUGGGUGCACGAGAGACCACCUGCUAGACGCCGCUCUAGGGCGAGAGCUGUUGUGGGGACACCUUCACCAUCAGCCCCUACAGCUGCCCCAUCAUCCUCUGCAGCCGCAGCUCCCUCAUCAUCCACAGAUCCUCCAACAGCACCUGAGCUUACCUAUCUCCUGGUCCAGCGUCUUUUUCGGUUUUUAGAGCGCGAGCGACGCCAUGUCAAACGCCGGUUGGAUCGGAUGGACCAGGCACUUAUUUCUUUGGGUGCUGAGCUACCUCCGCUUCCCGAUUCUCCGGCCUCCGAUGAGCAGGAUCAUCAGGAGGAGGAUGCGGAGGCACCAGUUCAGCAGGAUGCCCCUGACAUUACAGAGCCACCACAGACUCAGGAGGAGCCGGUCCCACACCCACAGCCACAGCCAAAGCCAGAGCCUAUCGUCGUACCUCCCACUGAUCCUCCGGUUUAG